CUGGCAGUUUCCAUGAUAACAAGGAUCUUGGCGUGGGAGCAACAACAUACCAGCAGUGUAUAAGAAACAACUCUGAACAACAGCUCAUUUAAAUCAUUUGAAGAUGAUGCGAUUGCUGUUCCUGUGUCUGCUGCUGCUGCUGCCAGCUGCUACCGCAGUUUCAGAAGAGAUUGAAGGGUCAGCUGGUGGAGAUCAGGAGGAUGACGAUGAGGAUUUAUAUCAGCGAAAAGUGGCUUCAGAGGUCGGCUCAGCAGCAGAUAAAACUACAGGUGUAAAAGAAACACCAGAUCAGUUCACUCUGAUUGUCAUCGUCGUAGCUGUGGCUGCACUCACUCUCUCAGUUGCUGCAGUAGUCGUCAUAAUGUUAGUAAGACGCCACAUGCACAAGCGGCAGCAAGGGAUCUACUCUGUGCCGACGGAGCAGGACCAGAAAGGGGCCGUCUAGUUCCUGGUGGAGUAGCAGUCCUCUAACAAACAGACCAGAGAGGAGCAGUGUGUCAUCUGCUCCUCUUUGACUCAGGACAGUUCGACUUCUUUGCACAGCAGCCUGCUUAUCACCACAACUGCUCACUCUUUCACAAAAUCCUACCAAUGCAUAUGCAAUGUGUGUGUGUCUUUUUUU